CGUUAUCGACUAGCAGAUACACAUUACAAAGUAAAAUAAUCUCAAAGGCGAAACUGAUUCUCUUGUGAAUGCAGGUCAGAUUACCUCGGCUAACUUUAUAAUAACUGCUUCGCUCCGAAAUUGAUCGUGUUUUAAAUCCAUUAAGUGCACUAAAUUUUAACUUUAAUAAAAUAUUGAACCUACGUUGACAUUAUCUUGACACUUCUGUAAGAACCGACACUGUGUUACGGCUAAUAGUGAUUUCAACAAUGGAUUACUUGAUUCUAUUUUGUGUGGCGUGUUUAGUUGGGCAUAUAAAAACUGAGAUGGGCGCCGCCCCGCCGACGAUCCCGCCACCGAAGAAACGUUCCUUUAGAGAGCUGAUAGUGGAGUUUAACGAAUUGGAAAAACCACGGGGAAUAGCCCUCGAGCGAGCUGAAAGGAUAUAUACGUUGAUGGAGAACAAAAACGUAGAGAGAGCUGUCGAAGCAUUGAAGCAUGCUCAUAAGUGUUUCUCGGACUUUAAGAAGUUCUUUCAAGAAAUGUACAAUGCGAUCCACAUAUUACACUCGACGGCCACGCAAAAACAAAAAGAAAAGGCGUUAAAUCAUGUUAAAGAUUGGAGGUCAGGCAAGCUCCGUGAACCGUGGUGCCUUCCGAAGGAUAUGAGGUUUAUACUUGAGGAGAUAGGACCGGAAUUCAUUAAAAAAUUGGUGCCGCUGUUCGACCCAUUCAUAAAUACCAUGACAGUAAUGAAGGAUCUGUACCCUCUCUGUAAAAAGGAAAUCGAAAACGUUGAGAAAGAGUUUAAAACUAGGGAAACUGAGAACGUUGAGAAAGAGAAAACUAAGGAAAUUGAAAACGCCGAGAAAGAGAAAACUAAGAAAAUUGAUAACGCCGAGAAAGAGAAAACCAAUUAAAAAGAAAUCAUGAUUGUCAAAAACUCGCCCUAGUUAAAUACAAACUUCUGCGAAGAUAGUCGUUUUAAUUUUAACACUGACAUGGUAUCACCUUUGAACCUAAUUCGACAGCAGUGAGAUCAAGAGUCCUAACAUGAGGAGCUCCUUCAAAAGACACGAUACCACGUGAGACGCACUACUCGACAGAGCGGCGAUUCUGUCGGAAACUCGGCGAGACGAAUCGAUCGGGAUCCGAACGACGACGGUGAAAAUAGAGAAACAAAAAACUGGAUUUACCUCCUUGGAUUUCGGGCCCCAUUCCUUUUCUUUCAAAAUGUUUCUCUAUAAACCUCCAAAAGCCUAAAAUCAGUGGUUAGAGAAAGACAGUAUCAGAAGUAUGAUUAUAAAAAACUUCUGAACAUGUUAAUAAAUUAUUAUUGCUUUUGA